GAUAAUAUCCACUAUGGCGGGAGGGUGGGUAGUGUUUGUGUGUACAUUGAGCAGAUUGCUCAUUGCUGUCGAAAAAAAUAUAAAUUGUGAGAGAGGAAUACAUUACGAGAACGGGUUUGUGUGACCUCAAUAUCGUUACAAGGCCGUUGGUAUUUGUUGUUGUUGUACCUACGUGAUGAAAAGUCAUCGCGGCCACAGUAGUAUAGGAGGUACCUAUAACAUAUCUUUGUACGUAGUGUUUUUGUCUCUUAUAAAUUAUAAUAGUAAAGUAUAUAUUUUAUACGUCAUUUGCGGGAGACAAAUAAAAAAAAAUGGAUGUCACCAAAUUGGACGAAGAGGAAUUGUCGUACGAGUUGAGGGUUAGAGGGAUAGCCGCCAUGAACGAUGUAAACGAAAUGAGGAGUGUUCUGCGUGGUCUGUUGAGAAUUGAAGUCGAGGGCAACUCUUUAAUGAAUACCGAUACCAAAGUAUUGGGAGUUGACGUAAAGAAUGAAGUAAAGACAUGCAUUAAAAAAUUGCAAGUCAUCAAUGCAAUGAUUGACAACAUUCAAGGGGACAGGUACAGUGAACAGUAUAGAGCGGCAGAUGCAAAGUUAUGUCAUUUGAUGAACCGUGUUGAUAAGUUACCGGCUAUUGAAAAACGAGAUCAAAAUGACAGGUCUAAUUUAUUAAAAGGAAUAUUGUUCUUAAUGAGAAAAAUGGAAGGUAUGGCAUCUAAUACAAGCGUUGUUGAAACAAAUACAAAUCAAAAUGACGGUGCAGCUGGAGCUGGUACUGUAGUCUUAUAUGAGAAAACAACUACCACAAAAAUGAAUUCCACUUAUGGAAGCGCUGAAUCUACUGCUUCAGAUGAAGAAGAAUAUUUUGUCCAACAAGGUGUAGCGAUAAAAAGUUUAAGUAAAUUGCAUAAAGGAUCGAAGAGUCAUAAAAAUGCAGAGACUCAUUACACAGGAUUACUGAGAAUAAUGAAAUAUAGAACUGCAAAGUAUAUUGAAUGGAAGCCAACUGAAAUGUCAAUAUUCCCUGAUGUAGAUGAAUGGAAUAUAGUUGAUACUGGAUUCAAACAAAAUGGGAAAAAUAAAAAUGAUCGCAGUAAUAUUGAUAUAAAAAUUAACUUGGCCACAAUGAAGAGUUAUAAAAUGAAAAAACACAAAAAACAUCAAAUAUCAAUACUCCAAACUAAUGGUUCACUUGUUACAUUUUUAUUUGAAAGCUCACCUAUUAGUGAUUUUGUGACAGCUUUAAAGACCUUACUUCAUACAGAAAAAGAAAUACGACACCACAGACCUACUGGAGUGAUAUUGGUAUUGGGUGAACGACAAGAUUCAGAUCCUCUAUGUCAGUCAAUUAAAGAGUUAAAAAUAUUUCCUGAUCAACCACCCACAAGUACAGUCUGGAGCUUCAUUAGUGGCUUCCAAAACAAUCCUGUGGAAAAAACUUAUGAAACAUUUGCUAAAAUUAGUGAUGUUCUUUUGACUCGCACACCAGACACAAGACCAGACCAAGAAGUAGCUGAACUCUUAAAUAGAGCUGAGGAAGAUGAUGAAUAUACUAUGGUAGAUCACCCUCCACCAACUGUAUUGCCACCAAGACCAGCAAUAAAGUCAAGAGGACAGCCGUUAGAUCAAACCACUUUUUACCACUCUAUGAAUGAUGAGGGUCGAAUAACGAACGAAGAUUACAUCAAAAACAUAAUUUUUUAUGGAGGUUGUGAACAUUCAAUAAGACACGAAGUAUGGAAGUACUUACUUGGAUAUUAUCCUUGGAAUUCUACUCGAGAACAGCGUAUAUACAUUGAUAAACAAAAAAAAACUGAAUAUGAGAGAAUGAAAGUACAAUGGAUGAAUAUGUCUUCUGAUCAAAUAUCAAGGUUUAAUAUGUAUAGAGAUCGAAAGAGUCUAAUAGAUAAAGAUGUAUAUAGAACUGACCGCACUCUCGACUUUUAUGCUGGAGAAGGAAAUGAAAACCUUGUUAAACUACAUAAUGUAUUGAUGACUUAUGUUAUGUACAACUUUGAUCUCGGUUAUGUCCAAGGUAUGAGUGACUUGUUAUCACCAAUAUUGAUGAUAAUGAACAGCGAUGAAGUAGAAUCCUUUUGGUGUUUUGUGGGUUUCAUGAACAGAGUUAAUACUAACUUUGAAUUGAAACAAACCGGCAUGAAAAAACAGUUGAACGAUUUGCAUUACUUGCUUACAACUGUAUCGCCAAAAUUAGAAAACCAUUUGAAAAAGAUGGAUUCCAGCAAUAUGUACUUUUGCUUUAGAUGGCUUUUGGUAUUGUUCAAACGAGAAUUUAUUUAUUCUGAUAUCAUGCGAUUGUGGGAAGUAUUAUGGACAGAUAUUCCCUGUGCAAAUUUCCAUUUGCUAAUAUGUGUGGCGAUAUUGGAUAACGAAAAAGAUACAAUUAUCAAUGAAAAUUAUGGAUUAACUGAAAUAUUGAAACACGUUAAUAAUUUAUGUGAACAAAUUGAUUUGGAUAAAGCUUUAACUACGGCUUAUAGUAUUUAUGAACAGCUGAAAGAAGCACAGCCAUCAUUACAGGAUUCAGUUAAUGAAUUACUUGGAUUCUCAAUAUCUCAUUCUGAAACUAUAUUAUCUAGUGACAGCAAUUCUAGAGAAGAUGAUUAUGAAAAGGCCUUAUCAAUGCAUUAUACAUAAUAACUAAACAAUCAAUGUAUAGAAAUGUACUACUGUGAUCAAAGUCAAACAUUAUAAUCUCAUAGUUAAAUAGUUGUAAACGUUUAAAGAGAUUAUAUAUAGAUACUAUUAAAUCAGUAUAUGAAGAUUUAUCCAAACAAUUUCUUGUUAAAUUUAUGUGAACCUUUUAUAGGUACAUUUAACUUAUAUAUAUUUUAUCAAUUAUUAUUGUUGAAUAUUUUAUUGUGAUAUUUGCCUUUUUUGGUCAACAACUUUUUGAGUGUUAAAUUUGAGUUUGAUUUGUAAUUAACACUUAUACUUAAGUCUUUAUAUGAUUGUAUAUCAAGUUGUUAUCAUAUUUUAUAAUUCUUUAAACACACUUUUUUUUGUACUUUAUUAUCCUUCUAAACCUGUUUUUCUAACCACCACCAUAUUAUAUGAUUUGAUUUUACUCAAU